AUGCUAAGGUAUAUAGGUCAAAAGUAUGAAGCUAUUUUAGCCACCAUCAUAGAGAAAGAGAUAGAUGAAAAUCCAUCGAAUGCAAAGAGAGAACUAAUCAAUAACAUAACGACAUCUUUAAUCGAUGCAUCAAUAGAGAAAUAUAAGACAAACAAAUAUGGUCAUGUAAGUACGGCUACUGACGUUAAUGAAUAUGAUAAAUUUUGGAAUGAUCAGAAUUUCAAACAAGAGUUUGAGCAAGAUACACCGCCAUUAUCAGAAAAUAUUGAAGUUGAAAUGAACGAAGAAAGAGUCUCACCUAUUGAUACGCAAGUUGCUAUUCCUAAGCCAAGAGAACAUUUUUUAGAUAUAUUCGUAGAUAAGCUGAUAAGUAAAUUGGUAACUGAAAGAUUGCCAGAAAGAGAACAGCUAGCUGAUCGAAUACUUUUGCCAACUGAUAAUUACCAACAACCUAUAUCCGCCACAACUUUAGGAAGCAAUUUUGGUAAGUUAGGUUCAAACCUAACAACAUUAUUUGAUUUACAAGAAAGUAUUAUUAGAUUGAUUACCUGGAGGGCUCCAUCAGCUACUAUUACACUAUUAAUAUUGCUAACUUUUUUUAUCAAUUACCCACUAUUGACAUUGUUGAUUCCUCUAUUUAAUUUACUCUUUAGAAAUAUGAUACCAAGUUACUUACACAGACACCCUUCCAACCUCAAGAAAUAUCCAAUAAAAAUAAUAUAUGGCAGAUCAUUGAUUGAAGAUGUUACUACCGGUGGACCUAGUAAUGCCUGGCAUCCUAAAUCAGAUUUUGGUAAAAAUGACUUGCCAUCAUCUAGUUCAGAAGCAACGUAUGAUAGCCCAAAUAUAAUCAAUGAUCGAACUUCACAAGUGUCUGUUCAGAACAGCAAUAGUUCUGUAGAAAUCGUAGCUAACCUUCGUGAUCUUCAAAAUGUAACAUCUAGUCUCGUUAAGCUGAAUGAGGAACUAGAAAAAUUUUUUUAUGGACUAGCUGGUUUUAAAGAUGAAUCUCAAUCGACACUUCUGUUUUUUAUCUGUUUUAUUAGUUUAUUUGCAUCACUUGGCUUGUUUUACAAUAUUAACUGGCCGAUGUUUUUAAUUACUACUAUUUGGACAUUUAUGAUAGCCAUUCAUCCUAAAAUCAAACCUUUAUUGAUCAAUUUUAUUAAAAUAAUGUUAAACAAGAAAAAAAACAAUAAUACAAAGAACAGGCGAUUUAAGCAUCUUGUCAUUUUAGAUGAACAGCCAGAGGAGCAAUACGUAGAAAUAUUUGAGAUAUAUAAGAAAGGAAUCACUUCUUAUCAAUGGAAUCUUUGUGUAUUUUCAAAUCAAAUAUAUGAUCCUGAUGAUACAGUGAGAAAAUUAGAAGAUCCACCACAUGGAGUACCCACACUAGAAGACAUAACACCUCCAAGAACAUGGACAUUUGAUGAAAAUAGCAACUGGGAAAUUGAUAAAGAUGCAGCAGGCUGGAUCAAAGAGAAUGAAUUGACAUUAUUUGCGAAUAAUGAUUUUGCUAUGGAUGAAGAGUAUAAACGCAGGAGGUGGGUCCGAAAAGUACUAAGAUAUGCGAAACCAGCUAGAAAACCUCAAACAUGA